UUAGUGUAAUAUCAUAUUUGUGUCAUAAACAUACAAUGUGUUGAUCGAAUCGGUCUAAAAUAUUUAUUUUGUUACUAAUACAAAACGUAAUGUUUGUAAUAAAGUUCGCAUAAAUAACAGAAUAUAAAAGUGAAUAACAGAAAAUAAAAUAAAAAAGUAACAAAAAAAUAAUAAAACAUUUAUUUUACAUUAAUUCUAAGUGCCAAUUUUUAUACCUUUUGUGAAAUCUUAAAUAUGACUAUUUAUAAAGAAUCAACAAAUAUGUUUUCUGUAAUAAUAAUUAUGUCAUUACUGAUAUUAUUUUGCAAUGGCGAUCAAUUUGUAGUAAAUAAUAUUACGAGUGUUAAUAAUCCGGAAUCAACAACAAUCAACGUUGCUGAAAAUCUUGAGAAAGAGUACGUAAGUACAUUUACGUACAUAAAUACGUUAUACACUGAGACGACAACACCAGCUUCAGAGUUGGAUAAUUUCCCAAAAGACUGUUCUCAAAGACAAAAACGCAAAAACCUUUAUCGACAUAAAAAUUCGCGCCUAAAGAAAUGUUGCCCCAUUGGCGAAAGCCUAAGCAUGAGUGAAGAGAAUCAAAGCGGGGCGAUGUGUGGAUCCGCGAACCUGCAAUUUACACCAAACCUCAUUAAUGUAACACUGUUUGACAAUUGCAUUGAAGAUAUGGAGACUGAGUAUACACUGCCUUUAGAAAUUGGAAAUCCCUGUAAUACAUCAAUCUUAUAUAACGAUGUAGAUGAUUUGUUUUUUGUCGUUCAAGAUGGCUCGUUACUUGUAAUGGAUUUAUAUGCAAACGAUUCGUAUGAAUUGUAUAAUAAUUAUUGCAUUGAUAUAAGUAAUAUAUCCGGCAUUACAUUCGCCAUUGUUUGUAUUACAUCGGUGGCAGAGCAUAUUAGUCGCAGUCAGAUUGUCGUCGUUGCCAUUCUAAUGCUAUUAUCUAUACCCUGUCUUAUAUUAGUCGCUUACCUACAUUUGCGAAUAAAGGAACUACGAUCUUUACAUGGAACAAUUCUGAGCUGUAUGUCAUCUUCAUUAGCAACAGGUUUCUUUCUAUACUUUCUAGUACAUAUAUUUAAUUUGGAUGAACGUAAUGUGGGAUAUGUCGUCCAAUUUUUUUUAUUAUCGUAUUACUUUUGGUUUUUCUCGUUGUGCUGUAAUGUUUCAUUAAAUAUAAGGAUUCAUAUUCCAUUAAAUAAGAAGAAAUCGAAAUUAAUAACAAGUCUAUAUUUUGGUUUUUAUUGUAUAAUGUCAUUGAUUGGAGCUGUUAUUCUGGUUAUUUUAACUAUUCAAAAGGGUCUUCCUGGAAUGCCCUCGUACUUUAUACAGGGUUAUACUGAAUCAAUCCGGGAAUCACAACGAUAUUUCAUACCUCCAGUAUCUACCUUGCUUCUAUUUAGCUUUAUAGUGAUGGCAUCUGCUUUCUUUGGAUUUCAAAAACUAAAAUCUCAAGGUGUUAUUGUAAAUUCAAAUGACGAGGAUCUCAACAAUCCAUUAUACGAUGAAAACAUUUUUCAAGAAGUUAAAAAAGACGCAAAGUGUAUUAGCUUACUAGGAUUAAUACUUAUAUCCACAUGGCUGUUGGAAAUAGUUACAUUCUACUCGCCAGGACCACAGAUUUACCUUAUAUUAAUGGAUAUGAUAAAUGGUCUUCAAGGAGUAUUUGUGUUGCUUAUUUUCUUAGUUAUACGAAGAAGACGUACAAUAAUUUUUCGAUGGUGGAACGACAGGGGGUCGCAUACUAUUGAAAAAAUAGAAUUAAAUUCAAUUUAGAUUCGUAUAUUUUAUAAUUUUUAAAUUAUAUACAUUAGACCCACUCACAAAAAAAAUGGUUUUUGUUCGUUGUUAUGUCAUAUGAUGUUACCAAAAAUAUUAUGGGUUUAGUGUUGUCCACUCAUGAAAAUAUCAUAAUUUUACCUAGCCUCAAAAAACCUUUGUAUUGUUUUUAAUUAUUCCUAAAUAUAUAUUUCUAAUGUAUUGAUAGCCGUUCGUGAACUGGAUCGAUUACAAAAAGGGCCCGUAUUAAAUAUAUUGUUUCAAACCAAAACUAUAAUUGAAAAAAAUAAUUCGAAAAAUCUUUUUUUUUUUAAAUUUGAUCGCGUUUUUAUUUCUUAUACAGAGUGAGUUGGUCUAAUUGCCGGUCCACAUUAAGAAACUUUUUUUGGGAAACUUUUGAUUUUGCGUGAGAGAGAAAGAGAGAGAAUAUCAUUCAAUUCUCUCGCGGUAAGGAGUUUCCCAUUCUCGGAAACUUGUUUUGUUUUGUUAUUCUUCUCAUUGGUACAACAACAAAUCAAUGCAAUUUACACGUAGUUUCUGAAACAAAAGUUUCUAUGUGUGGACAUUAAGGAAACUUUAAAUGAGAA